GCCGGCUUGCGACAGAGUGUAAUUUUUUAUUUAGAAAAUGAAAUAUCUGUUAAUUACUGUAUUUAAAGUCUCUGUCCUAGGAACUGUUGCAUUUCUGAUAAUUCAGCAUUGGUUAGAAAACAAGUCAUACCUUUUUGAUGGCCAUAAGAUAGCAGCAAUUGCUGGAAAAUAUGUCGACCUUCCCCACAACGAUGCUUUUCAACAAGUUGCUGUAGAACUUAGAGAGAAAUACCCGGGGCAUGUCUUGCCCAAGGAAGAUGAACAGUGGAUAUUUGUGAAUGCUGGAGGAUGGAUGGGGUCCAUGUGCCUUCUUCAUGCAUCCUUAACAGAGUACAUCCUGUUCUUUGGCACAGCCGUUGAUACUGUUGGACACUCAGGGCGAUAUUGGGCAAAUAUCUCUGAUACGAUUUUGACUGGGACAUUUCGACAAUGGAAGGAAGGAACAACAGAAAGUGAAGUGUAUUAUCCAGGUGCUACUUUACUUCAUAGUUGGGGAGAAGCAACUUCUGUCCAGUGGUCAGCAGGUACUUGGAUGGUGGAAUAUGGUCGUGGAUUUAUUCCCUCAACAGUGCCGUUCGCUCUUUCAGACACCCUCUUUGGUACGCAGGACUUACUAACAAUGUUCUAUACAUUUAAAAUCUAUGGAAAAGCAUUGUUAUUAGAAGGACAAUUUUUUCUAGAUUCAUUACUUAAUUAAAUGUAUUUUUUCAGGAAGCUUGGUAUCUUACAAUGGCAUUAAUUUUUAAAUCUGAUGAGUCAAUCACUUAAGUGUAAUAAACAUGGUGUUUAAACCGAAUUAUAUAUAUUUGUAAUAUAAGUUUUAAUAAUUUAUGAAAUUGUAAAUUUUGUUUGAUUUUUACAUGCCAAUGAAAUGUAAAAAUAUAUAAGAUGAUCACUAAAAAUCUUGGUGGAAAAAUAAAGAUUUUAUAAAAAUAUAAGAUUAAUGUGUUUCAUUACAUACUGUCAAUAUAUACAGUAUUUGUAAUAAUGUAAUGUGAUUGUUUACUGCUGUACUAAUAAUUUAUGUAAUUGUAAGUUAAUAAAAUAGGCAACAAAAGUAAAAAAAA